AGUGCGGGCGAAUGACGGAGCGGCGGCGGCGGUGGCGGCGGCAGCGGCAGCAGCAGCCUCCGCCCGCCUCGCCUCGCCUCGCCGACAGCCGCCGCCGGAGCUGCCGCGCAGGGCGGCGUGUCGCGCGCGGAGGGCCGGCGCCGCGGCGGGGAUGCGGCGGCGCUGCUGCUGGGGGCCGGCGGCGCUGCUGCAGCUGCUGCUGCUGUUGCUGCCCGGGCCGGGCAGCCUGCUCGCCGCCAAAGGCAGUGAACAAACACAAGCCCUGGAUUGAAACAUCGUACCACGGAAUCAUAACUGAAAACAAUGACACUGUAAUUUUGGAUCCUCCCCUUGUUGCUUUGGAUAAAGAUGCACCUGUUCCCUUUGCAGGUGAAAUCUGUGCUUUUAAAAUCCAUGGACAAGAAAUGCCAUUCGAAGCUGUUGUGCUAAACAAGACAUCUGGAGAAGGUCGACUUCGAGCAAAAAGUCCUAUUGACUGUGAACUGCAGAAGGAGUAUACAUUCAUCAUCCAGGCCUAUGACUGUGGAUCAGGACCAGGUGGAACAAACUGGAAAAAAUCUCACAAGGCAGUGGUCCAUAUCCAGGUAAAGGAUGUUAAUGAGUUUUCACCAACUUUCAAGGAGAGUGUGUAUAAGGCCACCGUGACAGAGGGAAAGAUCUAUGACAGCAUACUGCAGGUAGAAGCCAUAGAUGAGGACUGUUCCCCGCAGUAUAGCCAGAUCUGCAAUUAUGAGAUUGUCACAACCGAUGUUCCUUUUGCCAUUGACAGAAACGGUAACAUCAGAAACACUGAGAAACUGAACUAUGAUAAACAGCACCAGUAUGAGAUAAUGGUAACAGCUUUUGACUGUGGGCAAAAACAUGCAAUAGAAGAUGUCUUAGUACGAGUUAAUGUCAAACCAGUGUGCAAACCAGGCUGGCAAGACUGGAACAAACGGAUUGAAUACAAGCCCGGUUCUGGCAGCAUACCUUUGUUUCCCAGCAUUCGUCUAGAAACGUGUGAUGGACCAGUUUCCUCAAUACAUACCACCAUUGAAUUACAGACCAAUUACAUUGGAAAGGGCUGUGAUCGUGAAACAUACUCAGAAAAAUCUCUGCAAAAAUUAUGUGGAGCUUCCUCAGGUGCCAUUGACCUGUUACCAUCUCCAAGUGCAAUAACUAACUGGACAGCUGGGCUUCUCAUGGAUAACAAUGACAUGAUUUUUAAAUUUGAUGGAAAGCAAGGAGCCAAAAUCCCAGAUGGAAUAGUCCCGAAGAAUUUAACUGAUCAUUUCACCAUCACUCUGUGGAUGAAACAUGGACCUAGUCCAGGAUUAAGAGCUGAGAAAGAGACUAUUCUCUGCAACUCUGACAAGACAGAGAUGAACCGACAUCACUAUGCCCUGUACGUACACAACUGCCGAUUAGUAUUUCUGUUGCGCAAAGACUUUGAUCAGGCUGACACCUUUCGUCCUGCGGAGUUCCACUGGAAACUGGAUCAGAUUUGUGAUAAAGAAUGGCAUUACUACGUUGUCAAUGUUGAGUUUCCCGUUGUUACCUUGUACAUGGAUGGAACAACAUACGAACCUUACCUUGUGACCAAUGAUUGGCCUAUCCACCCUUCACAUAUAGCCAUGCAGCUGACAGUUGGUGCUUGUUGGCAAGGAGGUGAAGUCACCAAGCCCAGAUUUGCUCAGUAUUUCCACGGCAGCCUGGCUAGUCUCACUAUCCGGCCAGGCAAAAUUGAGAGUCAGAAAGUGAUUUCCUGUUUGCAGGCCUGCAAGGAAGGUCUGGAUAUUAAUUCUCUUGAGAGUCUUGGCCAAGGAAUAAAGUAUCACUUCAACCCUUCCCAGUCAGUCCUUGUCAUGGAAGGAGAUGACAUUGAGAAUAUAAAUCAAGCUCUCCGAAAAGUCUCAUACAUCAACUCUAGACAGUUUCCUACUGCAGGCGUAAGACGUCUCAAAGUCUCAUCUAAAGUCCAAUGUUUUGGUGAAGAUGUCUGCAUUAGUAUCCCAGAUAUAGAUGCGUAUGUAAUGGUAUUUCAGGCCAAUGAGCCCAAGAUUACAAUAAGUGGGAUGGACCACUUUGCUAGACCAGCUGCGCAAUUUGAAAGUGAAAGAGGUGUUAUUUUGUUACCUGACAUCAGAAUUGUCAGCACAGUCACUAAAAUGGAGCAUCCAGUGGACUUAAAAGAACAUGAUAGAGCCAAUAAGCCAGUGGUAUUAGAGGAAAUGCUCCACAACUUGGAUUUCUGUGAUAUUUUGGUGAUUGGUGCAGAUCUAGAUCCUGAACAAGAGUGUUUAGAACUAGAUCAUGUGGAGCUUCAAGGAAAACAUCUAGAUGCCACAAAUUCCACAGCAGGAUAUUCAAUCUAUGGUGUGGACAGUAUGCACAACUAUGAACAGGUUCUUCGGCAGAUUCGAUAUCGCAACUGGUACACUUCUGCCACCUUUGACAGAAAGUUCAGAGUCAAGUGCUCAGAGCUAAAUGGACGUUACAUUAGCAAUGAAUUUAACUUGGAGGUUAAUGUUCUACACAGCUCCAACUCCAACUUCAUGGACCAUGUAAAUCAUAUGAUAGCACAGCCACAAUUUCUCCAAUCUGUCCACCACCCUGAGGGAAGCACAAGUACUGUUCACAACUCAGUUGUUCCAAGUGUGGCUACUAUCAUUAUCAUAAUCUGUGUGAGCAUACUCAUUUUCAUCAUAACCUUGGGGGUCUAUCGAAUUCGGACAGCUCAUCAGCACAGCUCUACAGACAACGAAGGAAGUAAAGAAAAUGAAAUGGAUUGGGAUGAUUCUGCUCUGACUAUUACCGUCAACCCCAUGGAGAAAUAUGAAAAGCCUCACCAGACAGAAGAGGAGAGUGAGGAAGACGACAUAGAAGAUGAAGAUGAAGACACAACCAGUGAUGAAUCAGAUGAAAGUGAGGAGGAGGAGGAGGAGGAGGAAGAGGAAGUCAUUGUCCAAAAGGGAGACAAACAGAAUGGCACCAGGCAAGAGCAGUUGGAGUGGGAUGAUUCAACACUCCCAUACUAACAGCCCUCCAGCCACAUUGCUCUUUUCUAACAACCAAUACAAUGUUUUUUCAGAGUCUAUGAAUUCAUUGACAGGAUUUGAUCUUUUGCUUGCUUGUAACUGUUUUGCCUAAAAUGAUCUUGUUGUAGUAAUUGAUAAUGAUAGAACUGACCUUUUUCUUACAAAGCCUGGAGAAAACAUGGUACAAACAUACAGGCAUCACCAGUAAUAAAGUAAUCUAGAACUUGAUCUGUUAGCAAGCAUAGUUCUCAAGUUCCUGUUUCUAUACCGCAGAUACGUGACAAAAGUCCUGUCACUCAAUCCAUAGAGGUUUUUGCCUUUGCUAUUCUUUUUUCAUACAGGAGAGAUUUCAGCUUGUUACAAAGAAUUGUGUGGGUCCAAAUAACAGUUGCCAUUUGACAUCACACUCUUACAGGUGUAAAGAAUAUAAUCCACCUUCAAAUUGGGGCAGAGUUUUAGUGCUACAGGUGACAGAGACUGAAUUCCAUUUGUUGUCUCGUCCUGCCUUCUUGGAUGUUAACUGUCUUCUACGAGGGAAUAUCUAGGACUUGACAUGGGAUGCAUGUGUGCCUGUGUAGAAGUGGACAGUGUAUUUUUCAGGCAUGCUGUCAGAGCCCUCGAAUACAGGGAUUUUAUCCAAUCCAUCCAUAGAAACUUAAGAGAGUUUAAAAAAACAGCAAUAAGUGGCUGCUGAAGGUUACGAAAAAAAAAUUGUUCUGUGUCCACAGGUUGAGUAAUAUGAUCUUAUGCAAACUGUAAAUUCUAAUGGAUUGAUUUACUGAAAACCUGUAGACCUGCUCAUUAGUUAUGGAUUGAGCAAUUUGCAGCAAAUCAAUGCUUUAAACCGUGUGUCUUGUAAAAUCAUUAGAUUGCUGCAGUAUCUUACUGAACAAGUGGAAAAUAAGUGACCCCAUUAUUCCAUAGCUAUGUACGGUUGGGAUUUAAACAAUGAUUUUACAUGAGGAAAGUGUUCCCUUUUGCUUUAGUGAAUGCCAGCUGGAAUUCCUGUCUGACUGUAUUCUAUAAAACAUUAUGCCCUAUUUCUUCUGUACCGUUACCCACCUAUGAGUGGCAAAAGAGAAAGUGACAACAUACUUACACAACUGUCAGCUCCCUUUUGUGCUCAUAAUUCUCCCUUAUUUAUUCUUGCUGAAGCCAUUAAUGUUGAGAAAAGGUUUUAUAAAGUAGAAGAAGAACAAAUAAAACCUACCUGGAACCAAAAGAAGUGAAAACGAAACCUAAACUCUGAAGAGGUUGAGAGAGUAUUUUAGUUUGUUAUGGUAACACAGCAUAUUUUUCUUAAACACUGUUUAAAAAGGAGGAAAAAAAAAAAAAGCAAAGCUACAUACAAUGUGUUGAUAAGCCUGUGUGGUGUGUUUUUUGUCCCCUUUCCUCAAUGAUCUUUGCAUCUUCAAAUUCUCUGCAUACCAAAUGAUGCACCACUUGCUAGGACAACUAACUAACUGCUCUAAUGCAUAAAAAAACCAAAAUAACAUGGAAUUGAAUGCUGCCUAGUGGCUUGUCUGGGUUUUUUUUCUGCGAAGUACUUCCUUUUCUUUACAAUUUCAUCAUUGACUUUUGCUUUUGUAACUUACUGUUUAAAAUGAACUGUUUCCUCUUCGCCUGUCUCCAAGAGAAACAGGCAGUCAUCAGUCUUGUACACAACAGGACCUUCUUGAGCACCCGUGAAUGGCAGUUGAUACUGCAAAGAGUAACUUGAGCAAUCUUGAGGUUAUCCACCUCCCGCAACACUAAAUUAUUAGCAGCUCCUGAACGUCUUUGAAUAUUGAGCAUAUAUUGUGGGUUUGGGGCCUCUUUUAAUUAAUUCCAGUUUCUGUAUCUGACAGUUGCAGGGAAAGACUGACAGCAACUGGACCUUGUAGUUUAAUAACUAGAAAGUAAAUGAGAAGAAUGCUAAAUUAAUUUUAAAUUUAGACAUCUUCAUGCUCUUUUUUGUUGUUCCCACAAUCAUGUUGGCACAUGAUUUUUAAGACUGGCAAUAUAGAAUUUUUCUUAUGUGAGCAGUCCUGUUUUAUUUUUAUUCUGGUCUCUCAUGUGUAUUAAACUUAGAAGAAUAUUUGCAGAAUCAAGCCCACAUAACUACAAUUUAUCUGCAGGAAUAAAGAUAGUAAAAUUCACCAAAAUUUCUGUUUAAUAAAAAAUUAAUUUUAAAAUUUCUGAAUAUCUUGAACAGAAAUUUUAUGUUAGAAUAUUUCCUAGCAUCCUAAUAUCCUAAAUCACUUCAUAGUGUUAAAUUUUGUUAGUGACAUGAAACAGGGUCUUCAUGAUGCUUGUUAUCAGCAUAUCAGCAAAGUUUUCUGCUCAGAAACAAAAAAAGAUUUAAAAUUAAAAAUAGAUAUUUAAAAGUCAAUUUCAGAUUUAAAACUGGACUUAAAUUAUUUUUAAAGUUUCUGUUAUUCCUGAUUAUUAUUAUUGUUGUUAUCACAGGAAACAUUAGGGAAACUUGAAGACAGCAAUUUACCACCUUAUUGACAUCCUUUAAUUCUUUUAUAUGUUCAUGUCUUCUUCAUCAGUGUGUUUCCCCAUCUAACAGAUUUCUGUCUUUUUGUUACUGGAAGCAAAUCUUUUCAGGUCGUGCUGGUACAUUACACAAGAAGCAAAGUAUUUUCUCUACUGUAAAUAAACCUACAUUUUUAAACCGAAGCAAAGUAAUACAGGCAUGUGUAUUAUCACUAAAAUUUGGUUUGCAACAAGAUAUUCAGCAAACUAAAAUGCAUCACUGUACUUAGAUUACUCACUGGAGUGCGUUACGCAGCAUUCUUCAUUUAAAUAAACAGAAAAAUCCUUUUCACAAAGUGUUAGUGAGAAUGAGAUACUUCUUCAUAAAAUGAACAUUAGAAUAUUUGUACAGAAGUUGAAAGCAAUGGCUUCAUAAGCAAAAGCCUACUAGUAGAAUGACAUAGAAAUAUCACUUUUUCUGAAAUAAUUUUAGCAGUAUGUCCUCCCCCCUUGAAUUAUUUUUUUUAUGUAAACUACUCACCUAAAACCAAACCAGAACAUAUACAUAUAUACGGGCAUACGCAUACAGACACUUUCCCCACCCCCAAUCAAAAGCCAAAAAUCUCUCCUUUCCUCUCUGAAAAAAAUUGUUUAUGCUGCAAACUCAAAAAUGGCAACUGCAGUGUCUGGCUUUUUAAGAUGUAAUGUUUAUCCUUAGCCCAGUUGCAAGGUUGAGCUAUCAAGACACACAAAUAAAUGUGGGGGUUUUACACUAGCAAUAAACAAGUGCAUCCAAAAAAAAACGAAACCACCUCUGAAGAGGUACCCAUAAUACAUGGUGUCAGAGGUCUAAAAUGACAUCACAUCAAUGAAUGCCUUUAAAUUUUUGAAAUCCUAAUCGAAGGCUGGAAAAUCUACAAAUGCAAAUUCAAGAUGGUGAUACACUGUGUUAUUUGAAUUAAUAUAACUGCCUAAGUUGCUUUUGUCAUCAAUAGCUCACGUUUCUUUUUCACUUCUACCCCCUCCACAGAUAUUUUAUCUUUGCAAAUAAACUUUAAAGUGCACAGUUGUUUCAAUUAAUCUCAAUAGUUACUGCACUGGCUGACACCAGUUCAAAUUAGAAAUAGAUAUGUAGGGUUUAUGACAUCCUUAAUACUAAUUAAAAUAAAACAUUGUUAUUUGUUCAUUCAAACAGGCAAUAGUAUCCUGCAGUGGUGGCUUGACUGCUUUUUAACUGGUGAUGAUCUCCCUCCCCAAGGGCUAAUGGGAAGGUGCAGUUUAUUUCCCUUUCUGGUGUGGUGCAAUACUGGGCUUGCUGUGAGCACGUGCACCAUCCUUGCUUCAUUCAGGAAGAAAAUAAGACUCAGCAAGGGUCAGAGGGUUAUAAAGUUCCUCUAGUGGGGAUGAAGUCCACUGUCUCCCACCUGACCCUAAGCUGAAAAUAAUGCCACGGGACAUUAGUAGCCCCAGGUUAAGGACGGGUCAGAGGGUAAUUCAGUAGCAGCCCUUACUUUACUUUGGUAACCCCUUUUGAGCCCUGUACCUACUUUGUGUCUCAGCUGUCUCUUUCCCUGACCUGUAACCUGAGAGGCAGCUCUAAUGCUUUUUACCUGGUGAGGAUCCCAGCAGGUUGGGACACUUCUGGAAGUUUUGAUGCCAGCAUGUGCACCACCCCAUUCAUCUCCACCACCAUCCAUGCUUAGCAGAAGAGGAGAAUGAAAGACUUCACAGAGGUGACAGCGGGUAAAGGUCUGGUGGGAUGGACCCAUGGAGCUGCUCCCGGUAUCCUGGAAUAUGCAUUAUAAUACCAAAAUUAAGGAUGUUUGCAAAAGUGUAUGGAUACUUAGAGAGGGAGAGGCAAUUAAACUGUGAGGACACCUCCAGGGCUUCAAAAAAGUCUCCUCGUCCCUUAAUUCACUCAUGCUGACUAGAUUAAAUAUCUCAAUACCAGUAUAUCCCCACCAGUUUUUGUAUGCUUAUUGAAAAUUACAACAAAAUCUCAUAGCAAAAUGCAAUUCCCAUAUAAACAAUUUCCAGGAAUGUAGCAGUAGGCAAAGGAGCCAAGUGCUAAAAAUCUUGGUGUCUGACAUCCUGACUAAUAUCCUAAUUUUUUUUCGCAAAUUUGCUUCACCUCUGUGGAGUAUAGCUGUUUGCCGGAUGUAUACUGUAUACUAUUUCUGCACUACUCUUAAAAAGCACCAAUAGGUUAACAGCAAGAAAACAGCUCAUUUGGCAGAAAAAUCAAGCUGUAAAAAGGUGUUUUAAAUAUACUUAGGUAUUCAUUUCUUGAUUGAAUCCUGGUGUUAAAAAAACCAAUUUCAUUAAAUAAAAUUUUGGACAAAUAUUGACAGUUGCCAGACUGAGAAGUAACAGUGAUAUGAGCAGAAUUUUGCAAAAACAUACACAAACUGACAAAUUUUAUUGCAUAUAUAUAAUAGUUUGUAUACAUACAAAUUUUAAGUAAUAUUGUAUGUGUGUGUAUAUCUAUAUAUAUUAAAAAAAAUAUAUAUAUUAUCUAGAUUGGAAAUACACCUCUUGUUUUAUCCAGCAUUUUUUAUGAAGCUGCAUGGAUUCAGACAGCACAUCUAGAGUUGCUCUGAGACUAUUUGGAAAUGCUGGAAUCAAAGGAUAUAGCAUCUGUGCCCUUAAAAUGGGCCAAUUUAUGGCUUUUCAGGAUCCCAGUCAGAUGCUAGUCAUCUUGCUGGCUAGCUGGAAAUCACAGACAAACAAAUAGCCAAUGAGCUCUGGUUCUGCCAGAUAAAAUUACUGAACAAAAAAAGUGGAAAUAUUUGGGGGAACCCGGAUGUGCAGUAGCCUCAUCUUGAUGUUUCACUUACUUUUGACUGUAAACCUUGGGAUCAAUGCACCUCUGAAUGAUCCCUGUAGCUGCUGACCUGUAGCUUAAGGCAGUUCUCAUACAUCAGUUGUUGGGCAAAUCUAAGGAGGAGAUGGAAGUAAAAAAAAGGUCUGUCAAAGACAGCAAAAGCACCUUUGAAACAACUAAAACUAUUACUGUUGAUUGUACAUAAUACUGUGCUAUGUAAAUAUGAUCUUCCUCAUGUUUCAACCAGUAUCACCAACCAUAUAAUAGCAUUAGGUUUCUGCCUCCUCAGGCUAAGCUGAGAAAGAUGACAAGCUUUGUUCAUGCCACAUCAUCAUUGCCUACAGAAUACACAGACCUCAUAGUGUAAAAAUGCCACUCCAAACAGCCAUAAGAAUGGCAGCCACCCAAGUCCCUCAAUGAUCUAGGUGUUGCCAAAAAAAAAAAAUGGCCCCCAUGCUUCUGUCCAAACCAUGGAGCACUUUGCAAUACAAUAUAAAUACUUUCUACACAAAGUAGAAAGAAGCAAACAGAGAUCCUGUACAAUCUUUGUACAUUUGGGUCAAAUGUUUGGGAGGUUUUGUGGUUUUUUUUUAAAAAGCAUAACAAACAGUAUGGGGAGUGUUAUAAGCUGAAAUGUAUCAGGUCCCUUAAUGCAGCAUGUUUCAGAUUUCCAGUGAAGGAGAUGACAGUCUCAGAUGAACCAACAGUGAUUAGACUGCUUUAGCACUAGGGUGUUUUGUUGUUUGGGGGUUGGGUUUUUUUUGGUUAGUCUCUCCUGGAAUCCAGAUUCUUAGCAUGGAGAAUAAAGUCAGGUUUGAAGGAUGACCACUAAAGCUACAGCAGAGUAAAACACAUACUCUGUUAACACACUCAAUCUCAAGAAAUGUUUCUGCUAAAUCUAUCAGGAAAAUUACUCCAGCGGUACCUCAGAAGGUAAUUAUAUUUCAUUACCUUUGUACGAGUAACAAGGUACAAGCCUGGUAUGGGUUUUUUGGUUAGGUUUCCCCCCCCGCCCCACCUAAAGAAGACAGGAUCAUAAAAUAAAAAUUCACAAUGCUCAAACAGAGCAAAAGUGAAAGGGGAGCAAGGGCUUUCAUUUCAUAAACCUCUGUCUAACAAAGAGUUUUAAAAUAAUAAACAAUUCUAACCCAUAUUGUUGAAGCUUAACACAAGAAAAUGAAUCCAGGUGGUUUUGUAUGUUCCUAACUUCAUUCCUGGUGAUGAAAAGGCAGUUACCAGAUCAAGUACCCUUUUCCCCCAGAGGCAUUUUGCUGCCUUUUGAGUAAGUAUUGACAGUGGUUCACCAGCUACAGUUUCCAUUUCUCUGCUUAUAAAUAGGAAUAAUGAUACUGACAUGCUUUGCAAAGUACUGUGAGCCCUGUAGAUGAAAAGCACUGUCAAAGAGCUUGGUGAUGUUACGAUUCAAUAAUUCUGUUGCAGCUCUACUUACAGCCCUCCAUUGUAGAACACCCUAAACACACACACAAAUUGAAUGACACAAUGAUUACAGUCAAGAACUUUGGGCUCUUGUUUCAUUAGUGAUUGCCUAUGAAGAAACACUCACAAUAGUUUGAAACAUUACAAACAUUUAAAAUAGAGUUCAGAAAAAGCCCUCAUUCCUGUUUUCAACUCUAACUCAUGUGGAAAUUGUGCGUUCAUCAGCUGUUGAAGCUACAGGGCUGUGUAUUGUCAGUAUUUAUGCCUAUGCUGAGAACAAAGCAGCAGAAUUUUUUCCCACCUAAGUACAUCAUAUGAUAAAAGAGUGCAGCUUUCACUAAGCAAGGCGCAUAAAGCCUGCCAUGCAAAGAGAAGCUGUCUCCAAAUGGGGGACAAAGGUUUUACAAUCGUAUUCUAUACUCACACUUUAGAAACCCAGAAAAUUUCAUGGGAGUAAAAGGCCUUUCUGCUGUCUUACCUAUUCUUUUUGUAUAAAUCUAGAUGCUGUUUGGGGUUUUCAGAGGCGUUUAACUUCCCAACUGGAUAUAAAGUUCUUUCAGGUUCCUCUAGGUAUAUUAACCCAUAAAAUAAUUUUUGGCUGAUAUUUUCAGGAUAUCCUAAGGAAAAAACAAACAAACGAACAAAUUGUUAAAAUUAAAAUGUCUUUUUUCUUUCUACUCCUGCCUCCCCUAAAUACUUAAACAGAUACAAAAGACUUGAUCAGAUAACCCUGACCAAGCCUGUGACUACAAUGACAUUUCAAAACAGUACUGAAAUUGGCAACAAAUUCCUGUCUACAAUCUGCUUAACGUGCAUACAUAUAGAUGAGAAGGUGGAUGGUUGUUUUAACUGGGCAUGCUCUUUAGAAUGUGGAAUGGAUCAGCCGCAGUCAGUUCUUUUAGAAAAUUAAAUUAUUAUUUAGGGAAGAGUGAACAGAGAGGUAGAAGAGAAUAAUGCAUGAAUAACAGACAAAAAGAGUUAAGGUUUACAGCUGAUGUGAAAAAAGCUGGAAUUUAAUCUUCUAGAAACAAGAGCGAUUAAAAGCUUGAGUGUCAAACAGUAAGAAAAUGGAAACAUGCUAUUUUCAUGUCCAGGACAGCUAUCAGAAUCAACAAGAAGGAAAAUGAAUAUAGGAUAUUGAAAGGUUCUGAGAUGACCAUGUAUAUAUGCACACACGCAUAUACAUAUAUACAAAAAAAAUCACAUAAUCAUUCCCAGCAUGGAGGUGGUUGUUGUGGUAAUAAACUAGAACCUUAAGUUAUUUAGCAUGGUUGCUGCUGUCUGUAGCUGCUUCAUUAGUUACCAUUACACUACCUUCAGCAGAGCUGGGAAAGGAGCAAAACCAUGAUGAAUGUUGCUACACUGUGCCUACAUUAAGUAGGAAAUGCUUUACAGCCAAGGCAGGCCUAUGGUGAUUUGGGCAAAAACGUUUCGUCUGUAGUGACUCAAAUUUUAUGGUACAGUUACCACACAUUUUAAUUUGAGGUAAGAAACAGAACUUUUGCACACAGACAACUGUGUUGAUUAGUUUUAGAGAUUCUCUACAACCAACAUACUCCAUAGGUUGGAUAAGGAACCGGGAAUAUCCAAGAAAGACUGUACUCCAUGUUGCAAAGUCUCUUAAGUAAACUUUUUGUAAUGAUCCAAUUUCUUAAGUGACCACAUAGGUAGGAAUCUUGAUUUUUGAAACUACACAAGAUAACAAAAAAUUUUCAAGGAUAAUGAUCACCCCUGGACAAUUCUGAGAGCUGAAGCUAUUACCUCUGUUCUCAGAAUCAACCAUUAGCAUGUUUAUUGCUAGAUCCUCCACAAACUGGUCCAAAAAAAUGUGAGGUACAUCUCAAAAGAUGUUUUUUUAUAUUCUGUAGUAAAUACUGCACCACCAGAAUCUUGAGUAAAUACUUGAUUGUGGUUAACAGGCAGUUCUGUUCAAAGGGUCAUCACAUCAGGGACAGAAAGAUAUACCAGAGUGGGUUGUUGCUUUGCAGAGUAAUACGCACUAUGGUUAGGAUUCCUAAUAACUUUUUCAUCUAAAUUUCAGUGGGUUUAGAAGUUGCUGCUAGACUCAUUAAAUCCUAGAAAUAAAGAUUAAUAGACAGGAAGAAAAAGUAGUACAGGUAGAGUAUUAUGCUAACAGUGCAGAAUUGUUCCCUAGAAUAUAUUUUCUAGUGUUAGGGGCAGGAGUGGGGGUGUUCAACCUACUUAAAUGUGUCUAAGCCUGGGGCUUCUACCACUUCCCCUGGGAGAUUAUUCUAGGGCUAUUAGAAUUCAGCAUUAGAAAGCUUUUCCUGGUAAUAAAUUUAAAUAAUGCUUUUUGUAAUUUUUAUCUCAUUCAUCCCAAUUAUACCUUUUUGCACCACCCUAAAUAAUGCCUCUAACCAUGAUUUAUAUCCUUUGAAUAUUUUUAGAUAGUUAUCAAUUUUGUUGCCUUUGGUCAUUUAUUAGAGAGGCUAUGAAUCCCUCCUCCUCCCAAUUCAUUCCUUCAGUCUCCCGUUUCUUAACUUUUCAUGAAAUGUCAUUAAUACACAGACUAAAAAACCUGGUAUUUCCUUAAGUUAGUCAUGGUCAGUUCACUCUGUUAAAGUGCUCUGUGUUGGUGUGUGUCACUGUGUAGGUUGUCAAAGGUUAAACAAUAAAUUUAUACUGAAACUUGGUUUUUAAAAACAUCUUUGCUGUAAUCUAUGGAUAAGUUCUCAUAUAAUAUGAAUUUGGCAGUGUCUUUUAUGUCGGUAUGAUUUAACAAAGCCAACCAAUAAACAAAGCCAACCAAACAAUAAAAAAAAGUAGUAGUUUGUUAAAAUUUAGGUUGUUAUCAUUAAUUUGAAAACAGGCAUUGUCAUUCACAUACCCAUGCUUUUAAGUGUCCCUACACUAAACAGUAACUAUUACCAAUAUAUUCCUUUAAGACAGUUUAGUAUAUGUUGUUUCUCCUCAAAUCUCACUGGUAGAAUGCACCUACUUUCUAAAACAAGUACUCAAGGUUUCUAGCCAUAUAUUAACUGCUGCAAAGAAAUAGAAUUGUGCCAACUUUUCCGAGUACUGCCAUGCCUAACAUUAUAUUGCAAAUGUGCAAUGCAUUUAUGGCCUCUGGCACAAUGACUAUACGGUUAGUUUUCAAGCAUGCCUCAAGCAAACCUCUGUUCUCUGGCUCAGAAGCCUGAUUACACAACCAGGAAGGAUGUACAAAGUCAGCUUGGGUCUUUUAAUUGAUGUAUUUCCUCCUUCUACCCCAACCUUCUGUACCUGAAAGCCAAAACAGAACUGAAAUCCUUGUGCUCAAAGGCCCACUGCAUCACUAAGACCCAAGUGAAAUAGAACUGUCUUCCUCAUUUGCUCUAAAAGGAUUGAUGUAAAAGGGAGAGCAGGCACACUAAGCCUUCCAGUGUUGAAUUAAGGGUCCUAUACAUUUCCCUCAGCACAUCUCUGUCCCUAAUAGGUGUCAACCAGCAUUGUACAAAUAAUAUUGUCGGGAAUGAAGAAUUGCCAUCACUGGUUCUAGGUCACAUGAUCAAAGAUGACUACCUUGGCAGUGGCUAAUAACAGUGGAUGAGAAAAGCUAGUGGAAAUACCUUUCAGUUUUCUAAAAAACUCUGUGUCAUUAUAGCUUCCUGUCACUUCUCUGCCCACCUUUCCAAAACCAGCCAUUGCAUGAAAAGUACAUUAAUAAUUGCAUGAAGAGUAACUUAAGUCUUAUAGACCAGGUGACAAGAUGAUUAAGCCUUGCAAGGUGAGGUUGCAACACAAAGGGAAAGAAAAAAGAUGAAGAAUUCCUGAGCGAGGAACUGUAAAACAUGACCGAAGUUGUGACGAGCAGCAGAGCAGGAAUCAGACAUUCACCCUGAAUAUUGCUGGACUUUGGUGGAAGGGGUUGUUUCGAGUCAGAUUUAACCAUGUUAAUGGUUAUGAAAUAUCUUAUAUGUUAUUGAGAGUGUAGGAUUUUGAAGAACUGAGAAAUAACCUUAUCAUGUUGAAUGUAACAGCUCUGAGCUCUAAUUGGCUGGGACAAUUCUAUUUCAUAUUUCAUCAUAGCUUGACAGUAAAAGUGAUACUUCACCUGCCUGCAAAAAUGUAGAACUUUUCACACACAGUUCAUCAUUUCCCAGAUUUGCUUCCAUGUUGGUGCAUUAGUUCCUGUUGAAGAGCAGUAACUGGUUGGUAGCAUGCAUUUUGUAGCUUGGGAUUCUUUCCUAGCAGUCCAAUCUCUGCGUAGUUAUGGCCACUUCUAUUGAUAAUAAAAAAUAUACCAGAUGGGAUUCAAAUAAACAUAUUCUGUAUGGUUGUGACCCUUUAAGUGUGUCUUAAAACAACAGACUCUUCAGUCCAGGAGAGAUGCUCAUUAUAUAAAUAUCUUAAUUUAUAUGUGAUACAAUCAUAAACCACAUCUUGAAAUGUCUUGUUGCAGAUGCUAAAUGCAUUUAUGAAAGCAUGAAUCUAUACAAUUUAUGCAGAAUGAUGAAUUAAAAGACUAUAUGCAAUUAAAAAGGUGAAUAUGAAAUCAAAAUGAUUUUUGAACACAGAUACAAAUCUGCUGUUGUUGUUUUUAAAAAACCCCAACAUUUUCCUUAUGAAAAUGUACGGUAGAUUUUGACACAAAGUACAUGAAACCUAACUACAUAUAGUGGGAAUAAGUUGUAUAAAACCCCUUUCGUGGUAUAUUUCAUAAAAGCCAUGUCAAUUUGCACAGUCACUUAUGAAUUUGAGAUUGUUAAUCUCCAUAUGUUUUCCACAUGAUUGAUUAAAUGCAUAAUGGAAAUAGAUCUGUUAUUUUAAAACUUGGCCUGUACAUCUAUAAAACCAGAUUCAUUUUUGUGGUCACUACGGCACUUUCUGUGAAUUGGCCAAUAAAUAUAAUUUUAGAAUUUCACAUAAAA